GGGGGGGGGGGGGGGGCACGGCUCGCCCUCUCAGAUUCCUCUGGCGCCACGGUCCGAGCUUUCUUUCAAUUUUGUUAGGCAGUCUUGGCUGACCCCACGACUGCUGGUGAGUCUAGAGUCGGGUGAAGGAGCUCCGCCUUCGGGGGUUCCCCGACGUGGGGACGUGGGAGCUGGGCGCAGCGCAGGCUCCCCGGUACUGACCAGACGGUCGGUUCGGGAUACCGCGCGGGGACGGAGGGCACCACCACCUCGCGCCCUCUCCCCACCUGAGCUCCGCAGAACUUGAGGCAGGCGGGGUGAAGAAUCAAAAGCAAGAGAAUCAGCUGGAUGUCGGCUAGGUGCCCUGGCGGCAGCAAGCUCCGCAGAGCCCGGAGAUGAGGCAGGGCCUCGGACCCCUGCCCUUAGCGCUCUUUUUCUUCUUGCUGAAUCUGCUGGCCCGGCCAGGUGAUGGUAACCAGGGCAGUAUCACUGGAAGCUGUGCCUGUGAUAAGAGAAUUCGUUCUGGCACCCGGGUACCGCCUGCUACCGUGGAUCAUAUCCGAAAACACCUGAAAACAUACGAUCGCUGUUCAUUCUUCAUCAGGUUUCAGUUACCGUCCACGAGUGUGUGCGGAGGAAGCCGAGACUCGUGGGUUCAUGAAUUGGUAAGCUGCUUUGACAGCAAAGAGUGUGGAAAUGGUCACGGGAAGAGUUCCCACCACCAGGAGCAUUUGCCUCAUGCUAGCACCCGGAUCCCAGUGGCCACAGAGGGGACACCUCCAGACACAAGCACCCCUGCACCGAUUCAGAGUACCCAGCAGUCCACUUUUCCACCUGGAACACUGUCCUUGAACAAAGAGCUCACCCACCACAGCGAAUCCACUGCCCUCACGUCAGGCUAUGAAACCACCGCCCUCACGUCAGGCUAUGAUCCCGAAGCUGGACCUGAGGCUGAGGCCAAUAAAAACCGGUCGGAGGGCAACCUGCAAGAAGGAACGCCAGGAGCUUCGGCUGGCCUACCAGCCGCAGCACCAGUGCUGUCUCUCCUGGCCAUUGUUUUCCUUCUCACAGCAGCCAUAGUGUACAUUCUGUGCAACAGGAGGAGAGUGAGACGGCAAAGCUCUGCAGAUCUGCAGCUCCAUUAUACACUUGUGAACCAAGACUCCAGAGCCUGAAGAAGAACGGAAGCUUGUGAGAGAGGACUCGGGAGAUAGGUGGCAGGCUGGGCUCUAUCACUGAACUGGACCUUUGUUUGUUCUUUCCUAUGCUGCUCUGAGACAAAGUACUCAGAUCAUAAUCUGGGGCAGCUCUAAGUUGUUCAUUCUCUGCCUCUACCUACUAGGUUCUGGGAUUGGACAAAGGUCACAUCUCCCCUAAUUUACUUCUGUAAAAAAUGUAUAAGUUUUUAGAGUUCUGUUUUGUUUAGCCAGGAUCUUAUUUAGUCUAAGCCUGCCUCAAAUUCCCUAUGUAUCUGAGGAUGACUAUUGAUUCUCCUACCUCCACAUCCAUAGUGGAUUACAUACUUGCUAAACACCUUUUUUUUUUUUUUUUUUGAGACAGAGUUCUCUAUGUAACAGCCUUGGCUAUCCUGGAACUCGCUUUGUAGAUCAGGCUGGCUUCAAAUUCACAGAGAUCCACCUGCCUCUGCUCUUCAUGAUUAAUAAUAUAUGAGCAGCCCCCCUCCCCUUAGACCUCUCCCCUGCUGAUAAUAAAAUGUACUAUUCUAAAUUAUGUGGUCUAGAAGUACAGCCCCAGGCUGGAGAGAUGGCUCAGUGGUUAAGAGCACUGGCUGCUCUUCUAGAGGACCUGAGUUCAAUUCCCAGCAACCACAUGAUGGCUCACAACCAUCUGUAAUGAGAUCUGGUGCCCUCUUCUGGCCUGCAGACAAACAUGCAGACAGAACACUGUAUACAUAAUAAAUAAAUAAAUCUAGAAGUACAGCCCCUGGGUAGAGAGUCUGUCGAGCAUGAGUAAAGUUCUAGGUUUAACCCUCCCACUACCAAUAAAUUAAUUUUUAAAAAUGUCUGUUUUUUACAUUGUGUAACAAUAAACUGGCCAAUUUCUAUGUCUUUAAUUGUAAUAGUAAAAUUGCUUUUCGAAUUAGUGGCUGAGGUCUGCAAUUGUUCUUGCAGACGACUCAUGCAGUGGCUUACAACCGUAUGUAACCCCAGUUCCCGGGGGCCCGACAACCCUCCUUUGACCUCCACAGGCACCACGUAUGCACAUAUACGUACAGAGGCAAACUAUUAUUCAUACACAUAAACCUUAAGAACUUUAUUUAUUUUUUAGAAUUACUAACUUCUGCAGACACUGGCUUCAGUUUUUGUCCCCUUAGAAGUGCUGAUGGUGCCCCCAGGCCACAAGUUCCCCUUCACACUACAUCAGCUCUUCUCCAAUCCCACACCGAAAGUCGAGGCUUUCUCCCUCCUGUGCUGACGCUGUGCUGAUUCUGUGCAGGCUGGACUCACUUCCUCAAUCUUUUGGAUCCCAGAGAGUGAGCCUGAUCUUUAUAAAAAAAGUUACAGCUUUUUUUUUU